GACCCUGCAUUCACUAUAUCCGGUCCCCUCGGACCCUGUGUUCACUAUAUCUGGUCUCCCCGGACCCUGCAUUCACUAUAUCCGGUCUCCCCGGACCCUGCAUUCACUAUAUCCGGUCUCCCCGGACCCUGCAUUCACUAUAUCUGGUCUCCUCGGACCCUGUGUUCACUAUAUCUGGUCUCCCCGGACCCUGCAUUCACUAUAUCUGGUCUCCAGGACCCUGCAUUCACUAUAUCUGGUCUCCCCGGACCCUGCAUUCACUAUAUCUGGUCUCUCCGGACCCUGCAUUCACUAUAUCUGGUCUCCUCCCGGACCCUGCAUUCACUAUAUCUGGUCUCCCCGGACCCUGCAUUCACUAUAUCUGGUCUCCCCGGACCCUGCAUUCACUAUAUCUGGUCUCCCACAGUACACAGCACAUGGAAAUGCUAUUAUUUUUGCAAAUAUAAACUGCUAAAUACCUUUUCAUAUCAGCAGUUAGAGCAGUCUUGU